AAAUGCUUAUGUGGAUAAUACAUGGAAUAUUUUGAAGAAUCUAGCACAAUUGAGGAAAUUUUUUGAAGUUUUAAAGCAUUAUCCAAGGAAAUCGUUCGAUAAUGCAGACAAAUCACAUAACCUAUGAUUUUGAAUAUCCCCGUUCUUUUAAGUCCGGUCCCUUUAACAUCUCUUCAUCUCCUCCAGUCUUUCUUUGGGAACACCUACUAAUUGACCACAUCCCAUCUCUUCAUUUCCUCAAUAUCAUCUCUAAUCAUAAAAUUGAGUACCAAAUAUCCCAAUUCCUAAAUUUUCAAAGAUUUGAUCAAAAAACCCUAAUUUUUCAAUCUUUUUAUCACUUUGAUUGCAUAUACCAUGGCAACAAGAGGCGGUGCUGUCCCCUUCAGAUCAAGUGAUGGGUUGAGUACUCGGCAAGUGGGUAAUUCAGAUGAAGUACAAGUGCGAAUUGUUGAUCCAAUGCAUGCUGACCUUGAUGAUGAAAUUACAGGGCUUAGAUCUCAAGUUCACAAGCUCAGACAUGUAGCACAAGAGAUUAACUCAGAGGCGAAGUUUCAGAGUGAUUUUAUGGAUCAGCUGCAAAUGACCCUUAUCCAAGUUCAAGCUAGUUUGAAGAACAACAUGCGGAGAUUAAACAGCAGCAUUGUGAAAAGUGGUUCUAACCAUGUACUGCACGUUGUUCUUUUUGCAUUAUUUUGUCUUUUCUUGGUUUACUUCUGGUCCAAAUUUUCCCGACGUUGAGCAGCCAUGAAGUCUUGCAGACUGCUUAGAGAACUUUCUACUGCACAACUUUCCCAAUGGAGAAGAUGGAGGUUUUAAUUCCGUGCUAUACUAGCUGCAUAUAUGUGUUCGGGAUUAUGUUGCAGAUCUGAUGAUAUUGUGUUCAGUUGCUGUAGUGUGUUCAGUUUGUGUAGCAGUUGCUUGAUCUUCUUCUGGGGUUGUAAUUUAUCUCAGUGCUUCUGAGUAUCUGGUGUCUAGGCAGGCACUCUAUAUGGGUUAUCUGGUCUGGUCCAGUCCAGUUGCAGUGUUGCACAAAACCAUCUGAGUCGUUGCAGUGCUUAAUUGCUCAUAUAUUUGGUUUUAUUAGCAGCAGUAGUCAGUACUUUCUUCUUGUUUGAUACUCUUGUUAAAGCUAUGGCCUUCUUGGGUAUCUUUUUGAGAUGUUUGUGAUACAAUGGCAACCUUGUAAAUAUUCAUCUUUUUGGUAAUGCAAUAAUAUAUUCAGUA